UGCAUAGGCCUAAAAUCAUAUCAGAGGCAAAAGAAUAGUCAUCGCAUUGUCGGUCAUUGCUACGUACGAUGUUUUCUAUUGUUUUGAGCAGUUAUUACGUAGCGGUCACCCUCUUGACAUUGAGGAAGGGCUCUGUUCCAUACCAGCAAACGAACGAUCACGUCGAAUCAAUUGUCCAACUUUUAAACCAACAAGGCCCUCAUCACAAAGAAGCUGAACUGUUGUGGAAGGGGAUACAAUUCCCGACAAAAAAUACAACACAGCCCUCCAAUCUUUUUUUGAAUCACUGGUUUCAAGAAAUCCUCCACAAGUCCAGCCUAAUAAUAAGCAAUGAAAUCAAAGAUCCUACUGAGAGUCGACGAGUAAGUUCCAGUUUCUCAAAAGAAUUGUCAAAAUUCGUACAUUCGUCUGUAGAACUAGAGAACAAAGCUGAAUGCUACUCUAGCAUUUUGAGGAAUCUAAAAUCUAGAAAUAAUUAUAAUGAUGAUGUAGUUUUCUCUGUGGCGAAAUUUGUAAUGUUUGACAGCGGACAAUUCGAUAAACCUGAAGAUAAAGCUGAAUUGAAUGAAUUGUUUGGCCCAGUUGUGUGGCCAAUCAUGGAAGGUAGGAAUAUUACCUUGAAAAAUUCUAGAUUUGGAUAUUAUCUGUAUAUUGGCGAAAUUCCAACGCGAGCUAACAAACAAAAGGAGGUCCUUUUGUGGAAAAGCUCCCAAUUUGUAAAUCAAGCUCAAGCUAUUUUUAAUUUUCAACUGAGUGGACUACUGAAGGAAGAAGCAUCUCAAUCAAAGUUCAGAUUGCUGCACAAAGUCCCAGCGACAAUUGGAAACAAGAACGAGUUGGCAUUUACACUUGGACCAACUAAAAAUUCCUCCAAUAUAUCAGGAACAACAAUGUCAUCGGUGACAUUGGCAGCAAAACCUCCUUCUCCAGAUUCCAGACAGUUGUGGGAAGUUGAGUUAGCCAAAGAUGGACAAUCAGUGUUAAUAAUAAUUCAAAGUGACAAAGCAUCCUCUGGAAUUAGCAAAUAUGUCGUGUGUGCACCACCAGGACCAGAGUUUGAAGUUGAUGAGUUGCGACGUAGAGCUGGAAUACUGGAAUUUCCAGCUAAUGUCGAACCAAAUCUUGAAUGCGAGUGGAGUGUUAUUUUAGCAUAAUUAAAGCACUCACAUAUGCAAUUUUGUAGUUAUAAUUUGUUGCACUUUUUCUUAAAAUCCAAAUUCAGCAGUACAAAAUUUAUUCUGUGUUUUUACCAAUAAAUUAAUUAAUUAAUAUAUAA